GGGGCGGAGUUAGUGGUGAGGCUGCUGGUUGUGCUUGUGGACGAGGGGUUGUCUGUUAGCUGGCUUGGGAUGUAUUGACUCUGCUCCAUCUCCUUGAUUAAACCGGCCGCCUUGAAGGGGAGUCGCAGCGGAGUGUGAGAGCAGAAAGUCAGACGGAGAAAUGAGAGCGGACCUAGACGUGGCAUCUCCACCACCAUGCAGCCGACCACCACCAGCCGUCCAGUUUCUACAAUUACAUGAGCCGAUGAACGCCAGUUUGUCUGUGUCUUGCAGACGGGCAGCAGAAGCGAGCAGUCCCGGAGAUGAACACAUAGGCCAACGCCUCGCUGCAGCUACACACAGGGAAUGAAAACGCUCCCAAGAUGGUCCGCAUCGUCAAGGCCCUCGGUUUGGUUAUUCUGUGCGUCGCUGUGCUCAUACUGUCGCUCAUCAGCUAUGUGUCCCUUAGGAAAGACAGCCUCUUCGCCUCCUCUAAAUACUACAUGGGAGGACCUAGGGUAAUGUUUCAUGCGAGAUUUCGGUCUCAGUUUGCCAUGAACUUCCUGGACCCCUCCUUCAUCCCAUUAACCAAUGCCCUGAAUGAAGAGCUUCAAGGAAAACCAUACAAAUGGAAGUUCAACAAGACAGCUUUUUAUCAGCAGAGGAAAGAUAUCUUCAACUACAUCGACAUUCCCAAAAACUUCUCCCUCACAAAGAAUAGUGUACGUGUGGGCCAGCUGAUGCACUUUGACUACUCCAGCCACAAAUAUGUUUUCUCGAUCAGCAACAACUUCAAAUCCCUGCUCCCAGAUACCUCUCCCAUCCGCAACAAGCAUUACAGCAUAUGCUCUGUGGUGGGAAACAGUGGCAUCCUGACAGGUAGCCACUGUGGCCCAGAGAUCGACCAGGCCGACUUUGUCUUCCGCUGCAACUUUGCCCCCACAGAUGUCUACUCAAAGGAUGUGGGAAAGAAGACCAACCUGACCACCUUCAACCCCAGCAUCCUGGAGAGGUACUACAAUAACCUCUUGACCAUUCAAGACAGGAAUAACUUCUUCCUCAACCUGAAGAAGCUGGAGGGAGCCAUCCUGUGGAUCCCCGCCUUCUUCCUUCAUACCUCAGCCACAGUAACCAGGACCCUGGUGGACUUCUUUGUGGAGCACAAGGGCCAACUGAAGGUCGAACUGGCCUGGCCUGGAAACAUCAUGCAUGAUGUCAACAAAUACUGGAAAACUAAAAACCUCUCCCCUAAACGCCUCAGCACUGGAAUCCUCAUGUACACUCUGGCCUCUGCCAUGUGCGACGAGAUCCACCUCUACGGCUUCUGGCCCUUUGGCUGGGACCCCAACACGGGAAAGGAUCUGCCUUACCACUACUACGACAAGAAAGGGACCAAAUUCACCACCAAGUGGCAGGAGACCCAUCAGCUGCCCACCGAGUUCAAGCUGCUCUACAAGCUGCACCGGGAAGGCGUGAUCAGACUCAGCCUGACGCACUGCUCUUAGGCACACAAUGAGUACUGGAUGGUUGAAGAGGUGACUCCAAAGAUGGUGACCCAGAUCCAUCAGCUCAGCUUACACUUUUGUUGUGGCCCACAGUGCAUGAUUAGAGUUAAGUCAGUUUUUGACACCCACAUUUCACAAACACACACAUCACACUGUAAUGCCACAUGAAGAUGUCAGGCUCACUCGGGAUGUAAAUCACAGCGUUGUUACUCAUCCAGUAUGUUGUUGUCUUCAGUACCACAAUUAGGACUUUUAUGCUGCUCAGUUGCUUCCAUUGAUCUCCUUUGCAUGGCUGAUGGCUGAUGGCCGUGGCUAAACAGCUCGAUCUUAACAAACGUCUGUUUUAACUGCAGGGGAUUCUGCUGUGGAAAUGCCAGCAGUGAAAUCUUCAAGUUCUGUUUGACAUGGUGUUGAUUGAUUAAUCGCCUUUUACAACAGUAUACUGAUUCUGUACACUGAAAUCACUGCCUAAUCUCAGGGAAGGAGUUAGAUCAGUGUUUUUUUGUAAUCAGAUUUAAUGCCUCAAGAGAGGUGUAGUUUCUGUUUUCAGGCCUUUCCCCCCAAGAGGUGUGCCACAAGCUGCACUACUCUGGAAGAUGGUAUGUGUUUACAAGAUUGUACUCUAUAUAAAUAUAAAUAUACUUGUGUGUCUUUUACUCUCUGUAGACAGUCGUGACAGACUGUCCACUUCAAAUUUUGCUGAAAGUUUUUGGAAUAAUAAUCAACAUUCCAACAAUAAGCCAUAAAUUCAUGGACAAAUGGGGUGUGUUGUGCUAACAUGCUGGACUCUUGAGAGUAGAAUCAGCCUACAUUAGGUUCUGAGACAAUAACACGAGAUAUCUGCAAAAAAGAGACUACGUCUAUGGUCACGCUAGCGACUUCAUUAAUGUCACAAUGCCGAAUUAGCAAGCAAUGCAUGGGAAAAACAAUAAUGCUGUUUACAAACUCUAACAGCUCUUCCUAAAUUGUUUUCAGUUCAUCAGACUUGUUGAACCCUCUGGAUUAAAUAUAUUUGGUCUACUGUAUGUUUAAGAAAGGAUUUUUAACUUGUAACCCACGUUGCUGUACCCUAUAUGUAUCCAGGAAGCUGGAAAUUAUACAUUUCCUUGCUCUUCUUCAACAUGGGGAAAAAUUUACAUUUUAUUUUUUAAAUGAAAAUUUACAAAGAGAUCCUGUAGUUGUAUCUUUGUAAAUCCUUGAAGUUUUUUUUAGAAGUAACUUUUGAUUUGAUAAAGUCACUGCCCCCCCCAAGAAAAAGGAACCUUUAAAAACAAUUAUCCUUAUAAGCUUUGUAUUGUUUGGACAAACAAGAAGUAAGAUGUUAUACAGACUUAUACAGACUACAGGUUUUUGUAGUUGUACUCCCGUUAUCUUUGGACAGGGCCUGUAGCUGUUUUUUUCAAAAGUUGUUUUCAAAGUUUAGUCUUAACAGUAUGCUUAGCUAAGCUAACUAGCUAUGACUCCAACAAACUCUCACAAGCAGGGGCGUGUACCCAAAGUGCCAACCCAAAAGCCAAAUCUAUGACUGGCUAUGUGUCUAAUCAGAGGCGGAACUUAAGUACAAAUCAACUAUUCUGGCUGUUUCCACAUGCUAAUGUUAGUGCUUUUAGUAGUGUAUAUUUAUUUUACGCUUUCCAUGAAAAUUUCUAAGGACUAAUGUGUGCAAACUGUCAAAUUGGCAAUGGACUUAAUUGCCGUUAAAUGUAUGUUUGCCAGUUAGACAGCAAACAAGAGUUUGCAUGCAUUUAAAAUUGUGAGUCCCUAAAAGAUCAAGCUAAGAAGAUUUAUAUGUUGCCAAAUAGUGUUACCUGCUUAUUAUUAGUGGGGAUAGAAAGGGUGUAAAUAAUAAUUUGUGUGCGUGUGCCCUCAAACUUAAUGCCGACCCUGCAUAAGUCAAUGCCCCAGGUGGGCCAACCCAGUCAUAAGAGUCUGGACACAUCCCUGCUCACAAGAAAGCUAAUAAACGUUUUUUUUUAAAGUACUCAUAGUAUAUUUUGUCCGAAUCCAUUACCUGAGCUAGUUAAUUUAAGCUGUAAUAAAGAAAGGAAAUCUUCAGCAGGGUUAACAACUGAAAAACAUUUCUGAUUGCUAAACGCAUUAUUGGAAAAUAUCUGACUGCUAACCUCAAUCAUGCUAAUUGAUAAUUUUACCGGUUAAUUUACACUUGGUAAAAGAGGUGAAUUGUUUUGUUUUGUAAAGUCUAAUUUAAAAUCUAAAAAGCUUCCAUUUUUACAGUGCAGAGUGCAGUCCUUUUUUUUUUUUUACCACUUAAUGAGAACAGGAUGUGCUGUAGCAAGUUAAGCUAGCCAACUAUGCUAGCUUUGUCAAUGGGAAAUGUGAGGCUUGUCACCUUUUUUAGGUUUUUAAAUUGAGAAACUUAUAUAUAAAUGUGAUUUCAUAUUAACUUUAGAAUUACACACUUAAGCAUUGUUUGAAUUUGUAAACAGCUGCAACUGAAGUGUUUUGUGACCUACAAUGAGGCGUUAGCGUGGCUACAAACAUCAGGAAACAACAUUUGGACACAGUUUCUUCAAAAAGUGAAUACCAACAACUAUUCCGAGUUUUGCCACUAUCUUAAUUACUAAAACAAUGAAUUAGAAUUGUGAUAUUUAUAAAUGAGCUUUUCUUGGUAGAGAAAAAGCUAUUUAGUUGCCAUGUAUCUAUAUCAAUUUCAAUAUUUAUGAUCUAAAACAGAGUAAUGAAUGAACGUUAUGUGACAUAUUGCAUCUUGUAUAAAGCGCAUGAUCCAUUUUAAUGGCAUAGCAUGUGAGGCACUAACAAAUCUUUUGAGCUAGUUUUUUACAACCUUUUUGAUGAUCGUUUGAUGGAAAAAUUUAGUUAUUUGCUUUUCUUUGUUUUCCUGGUGGUUUUUUCCUUAAGAGUAUCACCAGUGUCUUUGUAUGAGAUGUUUGAAGACUAAAAAAUGAACUUCUAUAUUUCACGUGGGACCAAACCUCUGCAGAUAAACUAAAUAUCAACAGCAUUAUUUUUUUUGUAAAAGUAGGUCAUCUUUGGAGUUUAAUUAUGCCAGACUGAAGCCAAGAGGUGGAUAUAGCGUUCAGGACUGGGCCCAAACACUGAAAGCUGGCCACAUGACCAUCUCAUGACCAUCUCAUGACCAUGCAACAUGUGCUCCUUGUUGCAAAUUCUGGCUGAGACCAAGCUUUAAUAUACAGAGCAAUGCAGUCAUUUACACUUUCCAGAUGUAGUGUGUGCUUUCGUGCUCACUCAGAAUUACUGUGGCAGGCAUUUCCUUGCUACCCUUUCCUCACACAAAGAAUUUCUUCUCCGUCUGUCUCCCCCGGCAACACUGAAAAUUUCUUUUUUUUGUCCCCUUAGGCAACACUGAACAUUUUUUGACAACUAACUUUUGUCUCGUCUGUAACUCAGUCACCACAACAGCCAUGAAAACACAUAUCUGAUUGAAGUCUGAAAAUCUAAUCUUUAGGCAAUUUUUUUUAUUGGUCAUUUAUGUGUAUGGAUAAUCUCUGUAGUCUCUUCAUUAGGAAUGUUUUGUAUGUACACCAAAGACCAUUUGUUUAAAAGGAGAAAGAAAUGUUACUUAAGCUUCAUACAGAUUUUUUUUUUUUUUUUUUGGGGGGGGGGGGGGAUUUGUGAACCUGUAUGUUUACUAACAAGUAUAAGUAGAAGAAGUGUAGUAUCCUCUUUUUUGGUGUCGAGUUUCAUGUUGAUCACUUUUUGUGGCACACAAAUCAUUCAAAUGGUUUGCUUUUUGACUGCAGCCAAAGUAUUGUUGUGAAACUUAUUUGUGACUCCAUGAAUGUCCUCCUAGGGAUUGACUUGUCUGAAUAAUCUGCUGAUGUGUGCUGGAAAUUCUCCAAUAGGCAUCUUUUAAUUUUUUUAAGCAAUCUGUAGAAUGUGUGUAAAACAAUACUGAUACUAACAAAGUCUGUGAGGAUUGUAAUUCCAGUAAGAACAACAGUAAAGCUUUUUGUGCAUUACAUUUAAAGACUGUGACAUUCACAACUUAACCAUAAAGUGUUUUUAUUCCAAAUGCAGCACCAUACAUGAGACGUUCCGACAGCCCUUUAACAUUCUUGUAAUUGUGUUCGAUCUGCAUGGCAACUAUGUUCCAUAAUGCAUAAAAAAGCUUGGCUGCUUAUGUACAUAUCGUAUAAAAGUCAUAAAUCAUUCAAGGGACUUUGCUAUCUUGGUUGUUCUAACAAAACCGAUCAUACAUAUAGGAAAUGUAACCAUGUCUUCAAUGUUUUUUGAGUAUACUUUACGAUAAAUAUAUGUUAUGUGCCUGCAUAUUCCUUCCAUCAAUGCCUAAUGUGUCAAAUAAAACAGUAUUUUUCUCUGAUUUGA